CACAGACCGUGCUGUGUUUUAUUUUGAAAGGUGUAACAGGAAGUGAACCAGUGGGUGCCGCAGGAGAAGCUGCAGCAGCGGAACAAAGAAGAAGAGAAAGAAAAAGGUUUAAACAUGAAGAAGUCAAGCAGCCAAUACGAGUCCUUCCUCUUCUGGAGGCAGCCAAUCCCAUCCCUCGAUCUGUCCCAGCUGGAGGAUCUAGGUGUGACUGACGGUCAGUCGACCAAUGGCAGAAAAGGAAAAGACAAGCCGUCCAAACUUAGGCGUCAGGAUGAGGAGACGAAGCUUCAGGAGUUUUCCUCCUUUAACUACUGGAGAUCUCCAGUCGCUGAGGUGGACGCUCUGCUCGCCGACCUCAACCUGCUGCUGUGAGAGCGGCCUCAACUGACCCCUGACCCCCUGACCUGUGACCCGACUACAUGUCCCCAGACCACCUCUCACCAGCCUCACUUGAUCUGUGACCCCGGAUCCUGGAUUAGUCUGUUGCUCCAGCUUGAAGUUUUUCUUUAGAAGCAUUUACAGAACAUUUGUGUUUUUUAGUCAAUUCGUCAGAAAAUGUCAUCAGAGUCUGCAGAGACUGGUCCUGGUUCAGAUUCACGUCCUGAUCCUGGUUCAGAUUCACGUCCUGAUCCUGGUUCAGAUUCACGUCCUGAUCCUGGUUCAUAUUCACGUCCUGGUCCUGGUUCAGAUUCAUAUCCUGGUCCUGGUUCAGAUUAGCGUCCCUCAACUUCCUGCUCACUCUGACUCAGUGUUGUAUCAAGAUGCAUCACACUCACUCAUGAUGUCAUAGUGAAGAACUGAUGGAACAGGAAGUGGAUCACAGGAAGAAGAAAGCAUGACAUCAUCAGGUCUCCGUUAUGAAUGUGAUGCACCUCUCGAGUAUUUGUCCAUGUCCGAUCAAUAAUUUAUCAUUAUCACUGUAUAUCAGAUAAUGACCCGAAUGUUCUUCAUUGUGUCAUAAAUUAUUUAUUUAUUAGACGAGUUCUCAUGUGAGAUGUUUUCAUCAGUUUCUAUUUGUGCCUUUUUUCUUUUCCCCUUCAGCUGCUUGGUUCCAUCGUCUUGAUUAUUUAUUGAUUUCUCUUGCUGCUGCUCGACCCACUUUGAGAAAGUCCUGUCAGAAUGUAAUGUUCACACUCACAAAUAAAACGUCACUUUGA